AUGGAGUAUUGUGCUGGAGGCAGCUGCUCAGAGCAUGCGCGUGCAGGACACUUUAGCGAAGCUCACAUGGCCGUGAUUGUUCGUGAUGUGCUGCGUGCCUUGACAUAUUUGCAUGCUGAACAAAAGGUUCAUCGCGACGUGAAAGCAGCAAAUGUCUUGCUCCAUGUCAGUCAAGGUGAUUGCUGUGUAAAACUUGCAGACUUUGGCGUUGCCGGACAGCUACAUACACGCAUGAAGAAAGACAGGACAUUCGUUGGUACACCUUACUGGAUGAGUCCCGAGGUCAUCAAGCAGUGUGGUUAUGAUACCAAGGCGGAUAUAUGGAGUGUGGGCAUUAUGGCGAUGGAAUUACUAGAGGGGGAACCGCCCUAUGCGGAUCUGCAUCCGAUGAAAGUCUUGCACUUGGUUCCACGUAACCCACCGCCUGAGCUCGCUCCCACGUACUCGCGUGCGUGCAGAGAUUUUGUGGCGCAGUGCCUUACUCGCGAUCCACUGCGGCGUCCAACGGCAUCAACUCUUUUGAAGCAUAAAUUCAUUAAGCAAGCAGGCUCUUCAUCGGCACUACUUUUGCCCUUGGCCUUGCAGUAUAAGCCUCGCAAGCGAGACUCACUCAAAGCAGCAUCUUCGGGCGACCAGGCCCCCUCAUCGGCGUUGCCGCCGUUGUGGGAAUUCGCUUCUCUUCGUCGGUCAUAA